AUGCCGAUGCUGCAGCCGCAACUACUGUUAAUGCUGCGUCUGCUGCAGCAUAUCGAGGGAAUAUCAGCUGAUGUCAAGGCAUUUGGGUCCGCAGCAAUACUGACUCGCAAUAUCGACGAAAUGGUGAAUGUGGAUCCCCACAAGGUUGUGUGCUCACAAUUGCCUGGAAAUUACUCGGUGCAUUGCAAUAAUAGACAUCUGCGUGUGUUUUGGAUACCACCGCAGGAUGAGAGUGGAAACUUCAUUCGAGCUGUCCCUACGUUUAGGGAGGUUGGAAGUCCUCGAUUCACAUCUUUCCCCGAUCAACUGCGUCCACCCGGAGCCCAAGGACGCCACUAUGACCGCAAUGGCACCCGACCGAACACCGUUUACGAGUUCGGUCUGAAUUACGUCACCGCAGAGGGAGUUGUGGCCAUCCCUCCCCAUGGCAACAAGGACUUCCCACGCUGUUUUUGCACCAGUCCACCUGAUGCACCGGAGGCACCAACAAACUUUAACUGUCACUAUCUCCACAAGAACGACUACGCCUGUGAAUGGAUGCCUGGGAAGGACUAUGGAAGUCCCAUUGAAUACUACAAACUGCAAUACAAGGCUUACAAUUCCUCCAACAUGGACAAUCCCAAGUGGGUAGAUUUGGUGGAGGUGCCGGGCUCCCUAACAAAGGCUAACGUCACCCUACCCAUUCGUACGCCCACUGAGGUGCGCAUCAACGCCAUCAACGCCGUGGGACGCAGUGACAUCACGGGACGUCUGGUAAAACCUCCGCUCUAUUACCACACAGAAAAGGGUUGGAAAGCCGCUGAUGUUUUUACUUAUGGUACAAUUGGCCUUGGAGUCCUGUUUCUCCUCAUCCUUCUUGUCGUUCUCAUCAUAUUCAAACGUCGCCAGGCCUCCUCAAAGGGAAGCAAGUCAUCCUUUCUCAUCAAUUUUAAUCGCGGUCGAGGGGGCAAUGGCGGUCAAGUGCGAAUGUACAAUGGCUCAUUGCAGGACAACAGUUUUGCGGCUACAAAAACUACAAGUUUAAGCGGUCCACCAUUUGAUAUUCUCUCCUCCUUUGAACCCGCUUGGAGUCAGGAGGUAAACUCGCUCUAUGGAGCAGGCGUGGCCAUUUCUGGUGAGACUAACGAAGCCCUUCUUAAUCUCAACUUGAUCCCCGCUUCGCAGUUGCGAUUUUUGCGCUAUGUUGGAUGUGGUGCCUUUGGGAAGGUCUGGGAAGGAAGACUACUUGUUGCAACAUCUGGAUGCCCGAACUCAGAGGGUAAAUUCGAACGGGUAGCCCUCAAGGUGCGCAAUGUCAAGUCCCUGUCUGAAGCCGAAUUUAGGCGUGAGGCACUAUUGAUGCAGCGGUACCAACACGAAAACAUAGUUCGUUUUUACGGUAUCUCCAUGGAUUCUCCAAACCACCAGUGCCUUAUAUUGGAGAUGAUGGAACAGGGCAACCUCCGUGAAUACCUCCAUCGCUCUAGACCUCGACUCACCCCGUCCCAAGCGGAGCACCUCUCUAGGCAGGAGCACACAGCGCGUAGUGAUAGAUCAAGUCGCCAGACUGAGACGACGGAAGCUACUACUGGAGAGAGCAUGUGCAGUGGAUUGGGUGCUGUUGAACUUCAUGCAAUGCUGACUAUUCCAGACCUUAUAAGAAUAAUGCGUGACAUCGCUCGAGGGUGCCGGUAUCUCGAAGAACAGCACUUUGUACAUCGGGAUAUUGCUGCGCGAAACUGUCUAGUCAGCCACAACCACGAAAGCGGCCGCAUUGUGAAACUCUGUGAUUUUGGACUUGCCCGUGACAUCUACAAGAAUGACUACUACCGCAAAAGAAAUGAACCAAAACUGCCCGUUCGGUGGAUGUCUCCAGAGGCAAUCCUAGAGGGUCUUUUCACUAGCAAGUCAGAUAUAUGGUAA